UGCAGCUUGCCGCACUGCAGGGUAGUCCAAGCACCCAGCCCACCCAACGAGAUCUGUUACGUUUCUUGCGAUCACCGAGCAGGCGCCACAAUCUCGCAUAGACCGGCCUACUGGAUCCCUAGUAAUAAGCAAAAUGCCCUCCUCACAUCAAGGCUCACCUCCGCAUACGAAGCGGCCGUCCAUGACCACUCGAACCUCCUCAGCUUCAUCGGCCGCAACCCUCCUACAGUCUCCUACCGAAACUCCUCACCAGCAUCGAUCUCACAAAGCGCAGAAGCACGUUCGACUGGGCCAGCGUAACCUCUCUUUCGGCAAGAAUCUGAACAAACUGGGCAAGCAGGCAGUGGCACAUGCAGCAGAGAGCGCGGUUACGAAGGGUCACAGACGUGUCCUCUCAGGAGGUUCGACUCCGACUGAAUCACAACGACCGAAUGUAAGGCGAAAUGCUUCGACGGUGGGGAUCGUGCGACACACAACACAAGCUCCGAUACGGAAGAAUCAUUCCAGUGGCCAUCUCCCGCGAAAUUCAUCUAGCAAGAACAUGCUCAAGCCUAGCAAGAGCGAGGUCGCGCCGGCGAAGCGUUCCCUCAUGAAACCAGGGAGGUCGAGGCCCGCCUCUAGAGAGGCGGACCACCCGACAGUUCACUUUGAUAUCGGCGAUGAUCCAGAUCUCGCUGACGACACACAAGAGGAUGCCUGGACCGAAGAGAGCGCAUCUCAAUCACCAAACACAACCCGCUCAAACACAAGAUCGAACUCUGUGAUACUAGAUCCCCAUGCGACACAGAAGGAGGAGGGGUUUACAAGUCCAACCACAGGAAGCCGGAAACAGUCGCAGCAAGGACUUGCGCAAGCAACUCGCAAAGUCGUAGAUGCCCAGCAGAUCAACGGCGCAAGCUCCUAUACCCCUAGCAGACCCCCAGACGCUGAUAUGAUAACGUCACGCCUCCUCCGCCGUACCGCCUCAAAUACAGCGAAAGUCGAAACAUCGCUCGCAUCAGCAUCCGCAACGGGCCUAUCUGAUUCACAUGAUGCACGUACACUAAGUCAAAGCCAAGGGUCUACACUCGCCGAGACACCAGGUCGGGAUCUUGUGUCGCGUUUUAUGGACGGAGAUGGCUCCGUAGGCACUCCGCGCAACAGCAACUUCCUAACACCCGCAGAAGACGCCGAACACAGUCAAGAAGCAGAGCAUCACGCACCGAGGCGCAACAAGUCACAGCCAAACAUGGCACACAGACACACACGAGAGACCACACCAACAAGCACAAUGUCCAGCCGCGCCACCUCACGGCGCUCGGGCACGAACACCCCGUCCAGCGACCUCAACCCCAGCCGUACACAGCAGAAACUCUGGCUCCAGCGCGCAUCCUCAAACGUCGAGCCGCAGAAACUCAUACCGGUCAUCCUACCACGUACCGGUGGCCCUCAACUGCUCACCGCAGGCGUCAACUUCUCGACAGGGUACAGCGAAGGGCGGGUCGAUCCCCGACUACUGAAGCUGUUUGAGAAUAUCGCAAAGGAGUACACCGUCGUGCAUCGGUACAGGAACCCACUCGCAGACGCGCUCGGUCGGCUGGACAAGCUACCUACGGCAACGAAGAAGAACUUGACAAGUACUAGUAGUGCUCGGAGUAGAAUGAAUGGACGGACGGAGCGGGACGAGAUGGAAGAAGAGGGAGAUGGGAGAAGGAGCUUCGAGAGUGAUGGGGGCACGGUGAGGAGUGAGGCAGAGGAGAUAUGUCGGCGGAUGUGGGAGAGCACGGAGGUUGUGGAGGAGGAUUGAAGCCUUAUGCGAAGUAGAGUAGGGACGGAGGGAAGGUAGGGUACGUAAUGUGACGGUUGGGCGGUUCUUGGGUGAUGGGCAGGG